AUGAUGUCUGAACUUUCCAAGAGAAUGUCUGAAGGAAUAGACUUUGAGAACUGCAGUCCUGAUGUGAUCCUAGAGCUUAUAAGUAUUAAAUCAGAAUGGACUAACAUCCAAGAUAUCAUUAAGCUUACUUUAAAGGCCUUUUAUCAAGUUGUGAAAAUGCAUGAUGAUAAAAUAUUUGAAAUAGAGCAAGUCUUACCCUAAAAAGCUAAUAAAAAUGACAUUUCCCAUCAAAUGGCAUAAAAAGCGAAUCUGAUAGACAUGAAAAAGACAAUGGCUGAAGUUGCAGCUAACAUAGAGUCUAGGACUACUUAUGAAGAUAUAAAGAGGAUGCUUGAAGACAAAAUAACUAAGCCAGAGAUGAUGUUUUAACUUCAAAAUAAAGUUUCUUUUGAGGAUAUGAAGCAUUAUAUAGAUCAGACCCUUAAUCAUUAAUCGCACAGUGAUGCUGUUGAGGAAGAAUUAGCAAGAAUCAAGUAAAAGAUGGAGGAAACAUAUAGAGAUAUGCAAAAGAAAAUGAGCUAAGGAAUAGUUGGUAGCAAGGACAUUUAAUAACUCUCAAUUUCAAUAGACACGAAAUUCAAUGAAAUAGAACAAGCCAUAGAUUAAAAAGCGAAUAAAUAGAGUGUAGCUCAAGCUUUACAUAGAAAGGCUAAUAGACCUGAUAUUGAUACUGUUUUAGCUAAGAAAGCAGAUUUGAGUGAUCUUUAGAGAGUUAUUGCUGCUCUUGAAAAUAAAAUCGACAUUACUAGUUUUGAGGGUUUAGUAAGAGCUGUUGAAUCUAAAGCAGAUAGACAUGAAGUAAGCCAGUAGCCAUCUAGUUUUAGGGCUUCAACAGAAGUUGAUAAGGCACUUUAAAAGUUUAAUAAUGAUAAAUUUGAUAUGGAAAAGAGACUAAACGAUAUCGAAAGAUCUGUUCAAGUAACUUAGAGAGAUGCAAUUUCUUAAGUUGACUAAAUCAAAUCUUUAGUUAAUAUGAAUCUUACUUAAAAAGUUGACUAUAGAGAUAUCGAUAAUAUCAAUCACUAAAUUCAUAAUAAAGCUGACAUAGAAAAAGUUCAAGAAUUAGUAACUUCCCUGAGAAAUGAGGUAGUUGCUUAAUUGACAUAAAUAAAGAAGGAUGUUAAGCAAAAAACUAAAGCGAAGGAUGAUGAUUCCAAAAAAAAGAAGAAAGAGACUGAAUUUGCUAAUGAAAAAGCAUUUGAAGAAAUUAAAACAAUAAAAGAAAAAAUGCAAAAACUUGCUGCUUAAUUUGACAAGGAAUUGACUGAGAGAGACAAGUAAAUGAAGAACAUUCAAUAGUCAAAUUAGGGAGAUAUAUAAAAAGUCUUUGGGAAUAUGCAACUUGAGAUUGAGAAUAUUAGGAAAAUAAUUGCUGAUAUCGAGCAAAGAAAAGGUGAAAAAAGAGAACUUAAUGAUUUUAAAUAAAAAGUGGUCUAAUAAAUUGAACUAAAGUCCGAUUAGUCAGAUGUCAGCAAUUAAAUAAGUAAAUUUACUGCAGAAUAAACUCAAAAGCAAUUCGAUCUUCGAUAAGAGCUAUUCAAGAAGGUUACAGAAAUUUAAAAUCUAAUUCAGAUGAAUAUAACUAAGAAAGUUGGAAUGGAAGAGUUUAACGAGGCUCUAAGUUAAAAGGUUGACUUAACUAUGCUAAGAUCAUCUCUUGAUUAGAAGAUAGGCUUUUCAGAAUAUGAUGGAAUGAAAAAGCUACUUGACAGAAUUAUAAAAGAUAUAGAAGGAAAAUCUUCAUUCAAAGACCUUGAAGCUCAUGUGAACUUCUGCAAGAAUGUAUUUGAAGACUUGACUAAGGAGCUACUUCUUAAAGCCAACAUCAAAGAUCUAAUACCACUACUAGAUACCAAGGCUAAUGUUGAGGAUGUAAAUGGAACCUUGUCAUUAGUUCAGAGAGAAGUUGAAAAGUGCAUCACUGAGGAUGAAAUGAGGAAAACACUCAAUGAACAAGCACUGAUUAAUGAGGCUCUGUGCGCUUAAAAUUGUGUUGGAAGGUGGAUCUGGAAAUCAGGAGAGAUAAAACCAAACAGUCUUGUUCCUUGGGAAGUUUAAGCACUUAACACUUGCCCAGAUAAUUUCCUCUGGGAAAAAAGCAAAACUAGCAUUGUUGCAGUCGCUCCAGGACUCUAUGAAGUCUCAUUUGGUUUCUACUCAAAAAAGCAGCCGACAGUUCAGAUUCAUCUAAAUGGUGAACCACUUAUGUCUGUUUCUAAAUCAUCGUAAGCAUAAAUCAGAUGUAAUAUAAUAUUUAGAUUUGUUAAUGAUCACGGCAAAGAAAACAGAAUCAGCAAUGUUGGAAAGCACUCAGCAGGAAAUGUUACUGGCUUAACUCUUUUAGAUUUUAUUGCUCUCCCAGCUAGAGCAAGACUUUCACUUACUUUUACUUGUGAUUCUCCGGGUGAAGGAUUUUUCAAUAUCAGAAAACUUUGA